AUGGCGAUACCUGUAGUCAGCCCAGAGUCGACCGCAGCUGUUGCGGACCUUAUCAGGCUGCGUGAGCAAUUCGUCAAGGAAAGACUCAUCUUUGUGGAGAGCAACCGAAUGAUCCCAAUUCUCAAGCUUCUUGGAGCUACCCAUGAAGACAUGGAGAAGAUCAAAACCGUUAGCAAUAGCUUGCCUGACGACCCUACCCUACCCUUCCGGAAAAGCAAGAACGCCCGAUUUUGCUUCGAUUUUGAGCAAUCCAAAGUCCGCCGUCUUGAAUUUCAGCCUUUCAUUCUCUCGGCUGAUGAGGAUUUUGUCAGGCAUGACUCAGGUCAGGUCCGGAGAUUUGCAGAGGUAGAAGACGAUCUCCAGGGCAAUUCGACACUGCAAGCCCUAUUCGUAUUCAAAGCAUUGAUCUUCCAUGGGGUCCCGUUCAAGCAGCGCCCGAGGCUGAAUUACGGGACAGAGAACUUUGUCUGCACCCUGUUCAACCUGCGAACUGUCACUAGCCCGGAUACAGUUGGCGAGCCGGCUCUUGAAGGCAUGCAUAGUGACGGUGUGGAUUUCACUAUGACGACCUUCCUGGGCAGCGAAAAUAUGACGGGUGACAGUGCAACAACGUUUGUGCACGACAUGCGCGCAAAAAACGCUCUGCGUUGGAACGAAGUCAACCCGGAGCAUACAUUGGGUAGCCAUCAGCACCGCGAAUUCUUGGAUACGCUGCUGUUCGUUGACCACGAACGAAAGCAUAGCCUCUCCCCAGUCUAUGCCAUCGACCCGAGCCGUCAAGCCACUAGGGAUAUGCUCAUCUUCUUCACCCGAAAGCCAGCAGUUGAGGGGCAUCCAUCACAUCCUUUCGAUUCGUUGAACUCCCACAUCUCUCUUCCCAUGGAGGUUGGCUUAGCUUAA